CGGUCUGUCCAUAACAUCUGUCUGCGUGACUGGGGGCAGAACACAUGCAGGUGGCCUUUGUGGCUCCCAUCACAGCUGGCUCUCCCGUCUUGCAUGAAGAUUUGUCCACUCAGGCUGGAGAAUCUCACCGCGAGCGAGCAUCACACGUCAGCACCACGUACGAGAGAGGAGCUCACGAACGGACGCACGUGCCUCGUUGCCUAUGACCACCCGCGCCCGCUCGCUCACGAGCAUAUCCACCGCCUGCACGACGCCGCCUUCAGCUCCUCCACCCACGACACCGGCGCGUUCGUCAUCACAUACACGCUCCGCAGCCUCCACCGCUCCUGCGUCCUGCGCACCUCCUCGGCGCGCCGCGUGAUCUCCUCGACGCUCGGAUAGAAUCAACAGAUCCCACUCACGACUCUUUCAAUGAAGGCUCUGCCGAAGUAGUCGUCGGUUCAUCCUGUGCAUUCGCAUUCUCACCCGCACCACUGCUUGGUAACGCGUUCAUAGACCCCUUGCUUCUCACCGUCGGGGAACCACCAUUCCUGCCGAUCGAAUGUUGUUCUCGUUCCUGUCGUCUUGACUGCUCAUGCACGGAAAGCAAAUCACUCGUUGAUCGUGCACGGGUUGGUGAAGUUGGAGUAGUUGCUGUCCGCGGGGUAGAUGGAGAUGUAGGCGACGAUAAAUGAAUUGACUGUGAG